UGAUUUACGUAAUGUGACGUAAAGAAUUUAUUAUCAUCAAUACGAUUGAGACCGACGAAAUAUUGACGAUUACGAUUCAGGGAAAAAUAUUUGGGGGAAGUUUAUGGGCUACGCAGCAUUUUGCUCAUCUCACAGCUGAUCGAACUGCAAAUGAGAUAUGCUCAACUGCUAUUUGAACACCAGCAGUAAAAUCGAGCAGAAAGCAGACAUAAGAAGCCCAUUGAACAGUUGUCUAUUCCACUCCAGCUAAGGUAUUCAAUAACUAGUCAUGUUUUGGAGGGGGAGUGAAAGGGAGAUUAAAGAGCAGAAUGGCGGGCCACCUUGCGGACAGGUUCGAGUGCUUGUUGUAGGCGACUCGGGUGUGGGAAAAACAUCUCUUGUUCAUCUAAUUCUGAAAGGUUCUUCCUGUGCACGUCCUACUCAAACAGUUGGCUGUACUGUUGGUGUGAAACAUACCACGUAUGGAACUGCUGGUGGAUCUUCCAAUAGCAUUAACGGUGAUGCAGAGAGAGAUUUUUUUGUUGAACUUUGGGAUGUGUCUGGACAUGAGAGAUACAAAGACUGCCGUUCUCUUUUCUAUACACAAAUUAAUGGCGUUAUUUUUGUCCAUGAUCUCUCUCAGAGAAGGACAAAAACAAGUCUGCAGAAGUGGGCGGUUGAAGUUGCAGCAAAUGGUACGUUUUCAGCUCCCCUAGGGUCUGGAGGUCCAGGUGGCCUUCCUGUCCCGUACAUUGUGAUUGGUAACAAAGCAGAUAUUGCUGCUAAAGAAGGUUCAAGAGGAAGCAGUGGCAAUCUUGUAGAUGUUGCUAUGCAGUGGGUGGAGAAACAGGGUUUGCUUUCAUCAGGUGAUGAACUUCCUGUGACUGAUAGUUUUCCUGGUGGUGGAGGCCUUGUAGCGGCUGCCAAGGGAGCGCGGUAUGACAAGGAAGCCGUGAUGAAGUUUUUCCGAAUGUUGAUCAGGAGGAGAUACUUUGCUGAUGAACUUCCUGCAGCAAGCCCAUGGGUUACCCCAGUAAGGAGCUCAUCACAGUCCGGAGAGAAUUUGAGUGACGAAGAUCAUUUGUAUAAAAGCACAAGUCUCCCAUACAAUGUACUUCCACCACUUCCAGCACAGCGAAAUCUUACACCUCCGCCUACGCUUUGUCCUCAGCAGCCCAUGUCAACACCUGACAUCAAGUACACAAGCAUCCCAAGAUUUGCAGCUACGAGUGCCAAUGAGUAUAAUACUGUUGCUAGAUCUAAGCGUACAGAUAUUAACGUCUGAUGAUUGCUUUCCCUCAUUUGAAAUAAUACGCCAGUAAUAGUGAGGCUGAGGCAAAUUUGAGUUUCUAAUAAAAAUAUAUAUUAUGACAUCUGUAAAGCGAUACCUUCAUUCUUUUACUUGCCACUGGUCAGAGAGGUGAUUAAGUUUUUUGCAUCUCUCACCUGUCUAACCUAAACGUCUUUUGAAAAGAACAUAAAAUCUGACAAUAACUUGUAUAAAAGCUACAAGUUACUGUAGCUAGGUUUUUUUUUUUGGGCAAGUAUUAGUGAAAUUAGCUGAUCAAGGAAGCCAUUGUGUAUUCUUGAACCAAAGCUAUAUAUUGUUUAGUUAAUUCUUA